AUGACCAAGGACAGUGGCCGACACGAGAAAGGUAAAGAGCCAAUCCUCCGACGACUUGGACUCGAAAAGGAAACAUUCCCCGUGGACGACCUGCGGAAAAAUGAAUUGAUUCAACUGACAGAUAUCUUCAAACUAGGUAAAAUCAAAGGAGGGAGAACGGAGGAGUUGUGCAAGCAACUCAUUAGUGAGCUAUCAAAAGACCUGCGCCGUGAUCGCUUCUCACGGAAGGGCAACAACUUGUGCGAGGGACACUCAGGCCUCAACGAUGAUUUAAUGGAUGAUUUGUUCUAUCUAUUGAAGUGCGAGGUGGGCUACCACCUCAGGUAUUUUCUCGCACACCGAGAUCUUAUGGAUGACCUUUCAUACGAGAUUGUGCGGCAACUAAACGGUAUCCGAGGCAUGUGGCAUAAACCAAAGCAGCCGCGGAAAGAGAACACUGCGUUCUGGACUUUCCAGGCCAAUUGCUGUGAAGGGUGCAUGCUUGCCAGAGUGGCGACCGAUAUCAAGGCACUGUGCAACUUGCGCAUCACGAUGGUAUCUCGUACCCAAACCCAUAAGGACCACACCCCUUGCCGACUGAUGCGUUUUGUUGACUGCUGCAUCAAUAAGUUCCCGGAUCAAGUGGACAGGGUCCACUCCGUUUCCAGCGAGUGCGGGUAUAUCCUGAAAAAGGCGCGGAAGGAUUGCAGAAAAGUAUGGUACAAUGACCCGAAGGAGGGCGCGCAGAGACGGAAGGCAUCUGGGAUCCAGUUCAGGAAGCGCCACCAUCGCAGCGAAACUAGCGAAACUGGCGACGAGAAGUACAAGGGCGGCGAGCGUAAAGCUGCCCGCAGCAUGAACGACCAGGCUACCCAGACGCCGGGUUAUGAGCAACGCCGCCCGGAACGGUACGUAACCAAGCCAUCAUCAGUAAGCCGCAAGCAUACUGACAAUGGCGACGAAGGGCAGACCGGGAGAAAGACGUCGAAUAUCUCGUCGAAUUACUCGCGGGAUCAGGUGCGCUCUUCAACGAAUCAAGGCUCGGGGCGUCUGGAGCAUCCGGAGCGUUCUACGCGACUUCAGGAAUAUUCUUACGGAGAGCAUGAAAGAUUCGGUAAUAGCGUUGAUCAUGAACCAGGCACGGCUUCAGAGUCUGCCAGCAAGGCAUCGUCAGAGGUAGACGAGGUGGAAGAAAUAAUCGAUUUGUAUCUGAAUAUGCCAGAACAUCCCUACGAAGUGAACCCGCGUGAUUUGAGCGACGACGAGGGCGAGGGCGAGGAUCGGGAGUCUGGUAGUAUCCAUACGCCUGACAGUCUGGCUACUGCGAUGACCACCUGGAGCCUGGUCUGUCACGCAGAUGGGUCACAGCGUGAUUCACAACGAGGUUAG